CUCUUUUGACAGUUAGCAUGUUAGCACGGAGCUGCUAACUAGCCCAAAGUCCUCAGAUAACAUGUCCGUAAACUAGUCAGCACACAGUUUUAGAGCCCGGAGUGUUUUUGGAGCUUUAUUGUGGUAACUCGUCUCUGUCCGAGGAUGUUUUCAUCUGUCUGGAACUUUGUCAAACGGCACAAACGGAAGUUUAUUUUCACCGGAGCUCUAGUUGGAGGAGUGUACUUCCUGGGUAAAUAUGCCCAGAAGAAGAUCAGGGACAUCCAGGAGAAGGAGGCCAACGAGUACAUCGCUCAGGCCAGGAGACAGUUCCACUUCGAGAGCAACCAGAGGACCUGCAACAUGACCGUACUAUCGAUGCUCCCUCCACUGAAAGAAGCCAUCAUCAACCAGCUCAACUCAGAAAGCCUCACUGCUCUGCUGAAGACUAAACCAACUAACAAGCUGGAAAUCUGGGAAGAUCUAAAGAUCGUCAGCUUCACCAGGACCAUCGUGGCGGUUUACAGCACCUGCAUGCUGGUGGUGCUGCUGAGAGUCCAGCUGAACAUCAUCGGAGGAUACCUGUACCUGGACAACUCUGUGGGCAAGAACAGCUCGAGUCCUCUGGCUCCUCCAGACGUCCAGCAGCAGUACCUGUCCAGUAUCCAACAUCUACUGGGAGACGGUCUGACAGAGUUGAUGACGGUAGUGAAGAAAGCAGUACAGAACUCUCUGGGAGGCGUUCCUCUGAAGCAGAGUCUGUCCCUGCUGGAGGUGGAGCAGCAGCUGAGCUGGAUCAGAGCCGAGGUGGAGGCCGGGUCGGACCGGUCUAUGUCCUGGUACAUGCUGGCUGACGACCAGAACGCCCUCGCUGACCAGGCGUGUGGACUGACAGAAAACGACCAUGUGACCAUCAGACUGUUAAACGAGACCAGAGACAUGUUGGACAGUCCAGACUUCACCACGGUCCUGAACGCCUGUAUGAACCGCGGCUUCUCUCGUCUCCUUGACAACCUGGCCGAGUUCUUCCGCCCUCCCCCCUGUGACUCCGCCCCCGCCUCCUCACCCGACAGUCUGUCUGCAGUCAGCCUGCCUCUGGCUAAGAUCAUCCCCAUCGUCAACGGUCAGAUCAACACCAUCUGCAGUGAGACUCCCAGCCACUUCGUUCAGGACCUGCUGAUGAACGACCAGGUGAAGGAGUUUGCUGCCAACGUGUACGAGACCUUCAGCGCUCCACAGGAGCUGCAGAAAUAACCAACAGAGGAGGAGGAGGAGCAGGAGCAGGAGCAGGAGCAGGAGCAGGAGCAGGAGCAGGAGCAGGAGCAGGAGGAGGAGGAGGAGGAGAAAAGAGGGAUGAGAACAGAGAUGACAUCAGAGCCCCGGACUGUUCAUCCCUCCUUCCUCUCUGUGAGACACUUUCCUCCUCCGACCCUUCAGACUUCAGACUGCAGCAGCAGCAGCGUUUCUCCUUCCUGUGAACAUGAUGGAUCAGUGAGGAGACUUUCACUGGGACAGCAGAGCCUGAGAUUAACCCCCCGAGGAGCACGGCAUCAUGGGAAAUGGAGUCUUAUUCCACCUGGUAACGUGCUUUUAUUUACCCUAAGACUUAAACACACACUGCUGAGUGUGGUGAAGGAUCCGUCACUGUUGUUUCCUCUUUUCUAUCAGCAGCUGAGAGUCUUUUAUGUUCCCAGCUGUUCGUCUGCACCUUCCAUAUCAGAAAGAUUUUUCCUUUUUCCUUUCUACUUCCUGUCACAAAUUUAUAAUCCUGGUGGAAGAGGGAUGUGUUGGUGUCUGAUGCAUAUCGUCACCCUGUUAAAAUAAUCUCGUUUUUUUUCAAGCUUUGCAGGAAACACUUCACCAAAAGUGUAACAUAUGACAUUUAUUGAUCAUUUCACUCAAAAAGGAUGUAACAAAGGAUGGCUAUUGGCAUAGUAAUAACACUGUGUGUAAAUGAUGUAACUUAAGAGAAAUAAAUGACUUAGGCAAUUUUUUGAACAUGCCUUUGUGACUUAAGCAAGAUAUGGUAACACUUUAUUUUGAAGGUGUCUACAUAAGAGUCACACAAGCCU